CUCCCUAUCUCACACUUCCCGCCUUCUGGCCAAGAGACUGGUACGUUUCGCGUUCGCUGAGUUUGCUAUUCAUCGGCGCAUUCCUCGUUUGUCUCCAUCCGUGCUGACCGCGCCUAGAAUCAGGACUUUCACAGCAUUGGUCGCCGUGUCCGGUUCCCUCAACACAACCAUGUCCAGCGAGUCGCCAUUGUCUACGCCCACGCAGAACGUGGUGCUGGACACCUCGAAGCUGUCCGCCUCCACCUCAUCCUCAGUUUGGGAUCGCAUCUCAAACUGGGUGUCGGAGAACAAGGCGGUUGUCUACACCAUUGCCGGUGUCGCCGUUGUCGUGACUGGCGCUGGUGUCGUCUACUACUUGUCCGACUCUAACAAGUCGAGCGCUUCAUCUACCCCCUCCAUCCCUAAGAAGAGCAAGAACCAACGACGGAAAGAAAAGAAGAAGGCCGAGGAAGAGAAGAAGACCAAGGCCGCCUCUGUCCAGGAAGAGCCUGCGGCCAAGAAGGCCGAGGAGCCUGCUGAAGAAUUGCCGGAGGUCGAUGAGGCCACCGUUGGCCAGCUUUCAGAGGAGACCCGCAAGGUAUACGCCGCCAAGCUGAAGGCCGCCGGUAACAAGGCUUACGGCUCCAAGGAUUACAACAGUGCCAUUGACCUGUACGGAAAAGCCAUCAUCUGCAAGCCCGAUCCCGUCUUCUACUCAAACCGCGCCGCCUGCUACAAUGUUCUGUCCGAGUGGGAAAAGGUUGUGGAGGACACUAGCGCCGCGAUCGCUAUGGACAGCGAGUAUGUGAAGGCUCUGAACCGGAGAGCCAUUGCGUACGAGCACCUUGGCAAGUUCAGCGAGGCUCUCCUCGACUUUACUGCCAGCUGCAUUAUCGACGGUUUCUCCAACGAUGUCAGCCGCAACUCCCUCGAGCGCCUGCUGAAGAAGGUUGCCGAGCAGAAGAGCAAGGCUAUCCUCGAUGCUCGCACCAAGAAGCUACCUAGCGCCACAUUUGUCUCCAACUACCUGCAGAGCUUCCGUUCCCAGGCACUUCCUGAGGGCCUGGAAGAGUCCGUUGAGCUGAGUGAGGAUUCUGGCAAGGCUCUGCUGCGCAAGGGUCUGAUUGCUAUGGACAAGAAGACCGGUGAUGGCUAUGAGGAGGCCGCUACUGCCUUCGAUAAGGCGCUCGAGGUUGGCGAUCUCGGUGAAUUCGAGGCUUUGGCUCUCAACAUGAAGGCCACUUUCACAUAUCUCGGCGGUAACGCCAGCGGUGCGUUGGAGGGUCUGAACAAGAGUGUCGAGCUCCAGCCUUCCCUCGUCCAGAGUUACAUCAAGCGCGCUAGCUUGCACCUUGAGCUUGGCAACAAGGAUGCUGCUGCGGAUGACUUCGAGCUCGCCAUCACUCACAACAAGGAUGACCCCGACAUCUAUUACCACCGCGCCCAGCUCCACUUCAUCCUGGGUGAGUUCGCUGAGGCCGCCAAGGACUACCAGAAGUCCAUCGACCUCGACCGUUCUUUCAUUUACUCUCACAUUCAGCUCGGUGUGACCCAGUACAAGAUGGGCUCCGUUGCCUCUGCCAUGGCCACUUUCCGCCGCUCGGUGAAGAACUUUGAGGAGGUCCCCGAUGUCUACAACUACUACGGCGAGCUGCUGCUCGACCAGCAGAACUACCCCGAGGCCAUUGAGAAGUUCGACAAGGCCGUUGAGAUGGAGAAGCUGAGCAAGCCCAUGGGUAUCAACGUUUUGCCCCUCAUCAAUAAGGCUCUGGCCCUUUUCCAGUGGAAGCAAGACUUCCAGGAAGCCGAGAACCUGUGCCAGAAGGCACUCAUCAUUGACCCCGAGUGCGAUAUCGCCGUUGGCACCAUGGCCCAGCUGCUCCUGCAGCAGGGUAAGGUCUCCCAGGCCCUCAAGUACUUCGAGCGGGCCGCCGAACUCGCUCGCACCGAGGCCGAGAUCAUCAACGCCAUCUCCUACGCCGAGGCCACCCGCACCCAGCUAGAGGUCCAGGAGAAGUACCCUCAGCUGGCUGCCCGCCUGAACGCCAUGGGUGCCAUGGGUGGAGCUCCCCCUGGCAUGUAAAAGCAAUAUGAUCGAUCGGUCUGGUUCUUUUUGCCUUUUCGGUUCGCGUGUUUCCCCAUCGUCGUCAUGCCUCCCAUCUUCCCUCUUCGUUCGCUUCGUUUCGUCGUUUCCUGGAUCCGGAGUCGGGUGCCUGUCUAAUUAGCCCCCCUUUCGAUUCCGGUCUUCGGUCUUUGGUCAGCUCCACGGGCAGUCCCGACCGGCGGUUUUUUCUCCUCCUUGUAUUUAGUAUCCCUCUGUCUCUUGACAUAUUCCCUCUCACCACCACCUUGGCGGUUCUUUUCUGUUUCAUCUUUUUUUCUUAUCCUUUUGUGUGGGGCACCGGGCAGAGAGACAUCCAAAGGCAUGCGAACCGGGAUGUUUGGGCCAGCACGGGGUCCAGGCCAACUUUUGCAUUGGGUUGGGGACAUGUGGCAAGUAAUCUAUGUACCAUAGAGGUGAAUGUGAUGUGACGUCUUUUGAGAUACCAACUUCGUAUCCAGAAUGUAAUGGUCGUGAAG